CAAAGUUCAGUGAGUUGAACGGCAGUGCUGUGAGUUCACUGUUCACUCUGCCACAGACCAACCUCUGUUGUAAAUUUUCCUCCCGGAACACGUGACGAUGCAUCUCUUGACUAUAUAUCCCAAGAGCAGCGGCAGAGCUGUCAGAGCGCUAAGCCCCGCACCGAGGAAGAAGGCUCUUUGGACUUGAUGAUUGAGGAAUUCAGGACAAAUUUGCCAGCCCUUGACCCUGGCUGUGUGAGCAGAGCUUCAAUGCUGAAGAUGGAGCCUCUGAACAGCACGCAUACCAGCACCGCAGCCCCCAGUGGCCCCCUCGAGUCCCAUGUGCAGAGCAGCGGCAGCAGCAACGGCAAUGAAUACUUCUACGUUCUGGUCGUCAUGUCCUUCUACGGCAUUUUCUUGAUUGGAAUCAUGCUGGGUUACAUGAAAUCCAAGAGGUGGGAGAAGAAAUCCAGCCUCCUGCUGCUGUACAAAGACGAGGAAAGGCUCUGGGGGGAGGCUAUGAAGCCGCUGCCCAUGGUGUCAGGCCUGAGGGCAGUGCAGGUGCCCAUGGUGCUGAACGUGCUGCAGGAGAGUGUGGCGCCCGCCCUGUCUUGCACCCUUUGCUCCAUGGAGGGAGACAGCGUGAGCUCCGAGUCCUCCUCGCCUGACGUGCACCUCACCAUUCAGGAGGAGGGGGCGGACGACGAGCUGGAGGAGACUUCUGAGACCCCCCUCAACGAAAGCAGUGAAGGGUCCUCUGAGAACAUUCAUCAGAAUUCCUAGCAGCCCUAGGACUUCUGGAGGUGGCCUCAUCGGCCAGCACCCUUAGAGAGAGGAAGGACACUUUUUGUGUCUGGUUUCACUUUUGCAGUGCAACCGCUACUUUCAAGAGACCCUCAGCAAGCCCCUGAAUUGGGGGUGGUGGGGGACGAGGUUUAGCCGGAGUCAGCAGCAGCUCGGAGGAGUCCACGACGCACCUGCGGUGUGGACCUGCCACCGAAAAAGCCCUGAAGACAUACAGUGUGUACCUUUCCUUUCUGGCCCGGAGGUCAGGGUUCCUGUGUGGAAUUUGGCAGGUCAUAUGCUUGUGGUUGUUUCCUCAUGCUCAUGAGCUUGUGGUUGUUGCCUGGUUGACAGCUGCAGCAUCUGCCCACUCCAGAGCUGCCCAAUGCCUAGGGCAUCCUGAGGGACUAGUUUUGAUUUGCCAAUUAGCCUAGAGCUUUGUUCUUCUAGAUCUGAUUGGCUGUAAGUACCUCUAAUGUGAACCUGUGGCAUUUGUUCACUUCUCGUUACAGAGUUUCUUUUAGAGGUCUUUUGGGUUAGAGGGGGGAGUAUUUGAUGGAGGACUUUUGAUGGGAGGAAGCUGGAUAUCCUAAUCUGGUCCAUUUGCAUACUGUAAGGAAAAAAUUUGCAACUUUUAAACCUGUUAAAAUUAGUUGGAAUUAUAAAAUGUAAUCUGCUAUUAGGACCCCUUGUCUAACCUGUGACCUUGAAUGCUGGGACCAUCCAGCAUUACAUACUGGUACGACGUUUUUUUUUUUUUUUUUUUUUUUUUUUUUUUGCCUGGAAGGGUUUCCUCAGACUCUGGAUGGCCGUGCAGGGAAUCUUCCUGAUCUUUCCAGAAGAGGCGAUGGUGGGGUUGAACAAAGCCAAACCAUUAGCUCCGCUGCUGCUUUUUUUCCCAGCCUAGUUUUCUGGGCUGGGAGAGGAUAUAACGUGGACCUCUGGGACCUGGCAUUUUGUUACGUAGCUGAGACUUAGCAGGGCAUACCCCGGCGAGGUUGUGCAGAGCUGGGGUCCAAGUUCUCUGUUUCUUAAUGCUGAGCCCCGACUCCGAUUUGCUCUGUGGUCCUGGGCAUGUUCUCAAGAGACUUAUUGCCUUCAUGAGACUCCUGAGGAUCUAGAUGCCCAGGGGGCUGGGAGGAUAGCUUUAGAUUUUAAGACUUUGAUAAAUCCUACAUGUCCCGACAUCAGGAAGCUGGACAAAAUAUUUUCCCCUUGGCUAAUUAGUCUAAAAAAGGAGCUACUUAUUUAAAGGAGCAGUUGGAGACUGAGAAGUCAUGUAACUGGGAAGUCCAGAGCAAAUCACCUACCCAUUCCUGCUGUCCUUUUCCUAACAGUGAACCAAAGAGGCAGAUAGGACAGUUUACUCUGCAGAGUUGCCUGAGUGGUGGACUCUUAACACUCCAGUUAAGGGAAUGAAAAUCCAAGAGAAAAUGCUCAAGAAUGCUUGCUCAUCUCUCCUUGUAUUCCUGUGGUCACUUGCUCUGGAGCAGACUUUUUAGGCCCUUGAAGACAAGGAGGAAGAGAAACACACCAAAAGGUCAAGUUUAAUUCUAGUAAAAACAUAACUUUUUUUUUUUUUUUUUUUAAACGCUCUCCCUGGAUUGGAGACAGUGAUAACUACUGUUCCCACAGAAGGGUUAACAGUGUAGAAGCUGGUUUAUCAGUUUGCUUUAACACAGUGCUAGAGGAAAUUUAUGUUUGGGGGAAAAAGGGCCCUCCGUUCCCUUUAAAAUUCAGAGUGUGGAUUUACUCCAAAGGGGGCUGUUUAAGGUGAAAGAAGCCAAGUUACGUUUGGCCCCUUGCCUGGAAUCACUUGAAUUCUGAAACUUUACUGCGACGGACAUGUGCGUUGUCACAUUUUCCAUUGCUUAAUCCUGAAGUUUGGUGCAAAUCUAUCUGCGCCUAUUAAAAAGUGAUGUAUAUACUUCCUUCUUAAUCUAUUAAGUUGUAUAAAAUUUUCUUCUGUAU